AUGAAAACUGACGAUCAUCUAAGUCAGAUACACAGGAUGUGCCGUGCGCUUGGCAUUCGUCCAGGGGCACCGGCUCCACUCAUUCAACCGGCGCUGACCCUUCAGUGUCCAAGGCUGCACACCCCUAUGGUGGUUCACGAAAAGCCUGCGGCGAAGAUUGCCCUUCCAAUGCUGCUGAGCGACUCCUCUGGCGACGUGUCUUAUCUUGCAGGGCAAGAUAGCGUCGGCACGCUGCGCAUGACUCCACCGGGCUCUCCGAGAACCCCCGCCCUCACCUCCGUGUCUAACAUGCGCCACCAUGCGCACUUGGCGACAAGCGAACUUCCGGUUAGCGUCUUAGUGGCAAGCGCUCUGAGCUUUGUGGCGGCGUGGCGCACGGAAGACAGCGCGUGCACGGCGCAAAAGGAUCUCAUUCACUGCUGUUUGAAGGCGCGGUGUGACUUGGAGCUAGAGGAAGCAGGCGGCCGCCACCGGCUGAACCAGCUGCUGCUGACCGUGUCGGAGCAGAUGCAUCGAUUUGUGGUGAUGGGCGAGUACAGCAAGUUUGUUGUCUUCUGCGUCGAUCAGGAGCCUGUGUGGCGCCAGGCAGCUCGCCAGCUUCAAAAGGAGAACGAGGCGCGACUCCACACGACGGAGAACAUCUACUCCCGUUUCCUCAUGGAGGAAAUCGCUGUUUCGGACAAGAUGCGCAUGUUUCAGGAGGCCUCCGACUUUGUUGUGUCGCAGGGCCAUGCGGCGCGGGAGCAGCGGCGGCGGGCCCAGAUACUCGCGGCAAGGCGCCGCUGCGACCGCCAGUCGGCACCCCAGGAGACGCCUAUGCCGUUUGCGCCUCAAUCGCACCUGCACCCCCAUCAACACAAGAACGAGAGCAAUGCUGCUGCUUUGGCAGGCGGCUGGACGCCGCCGCAGCGGCAGAGGCCUCGCGAUGACUCCACGGAUAGGCGAUCUGGGAGCAGCAAAGAGCGAUCCUCGAAAAAUGCGAAGUCGCACUCUACCACGGAGGUGGACCGGUACAGGCAGCGCUGGCGAAAGAUAAUCUGGUUCCUUAGCAACGGUGAGCGAGGGAAGCCGGCACCGCACUGA